UUUAGAAAAAUAUUAUACUGAGUUUGCGGUCUACCAAAUAGCAACUAAAGAAUUUGCUAAAUAUAAGUUUAAAACCUUUUAUAUAGGAGAAUCAUUACUUAUUGAAGAAUUGACUAAAAAAACUAUCACUAUGAUAAUUGGUUGUUUUGCAUUCAAAGAUGGGUUAAAUUUAAAUAUAAAACCCAACUUUAUGAAUGGAAAAACUACUAAUUUGUUAAGUAUAUAUAAAUAUAACCCAAAAGGUCGCCAUUCAAAUAUAGCUAAAGCUACACAUCGUCAAACAAUUAUUUCUGUUGCUGGUGAAUUAAUUUUUGUCAAGAAAUCAGUUUUUGUGUUGUGUGAAACAAUAGAAUGGAAUUAUCCAAUGCAAGAAAAUUCAAAAUCGCAGGCAUGUGAUGAAGUAAAACAUCUCAUGAAAAUUGCAGAAAUUUUUGAAUCCAAAAAUCAAAAUCAACAAAUAAGAAAAGUUACUAUGUAA